GUGUUUACCGUUAUCUGCUCGGCUUAAAAGAGUCUCUGUUUUAAUUAGUCAAAAAUGUAUUUAUCAUGACAAGAUGACAGGUUCAGCAGAAUCUGCAAGUGCAAUCAGUUUUCAUUUAUAAAAAGUCAUUAACACAUUUUAGUGUUUAGGACAGCGAGAAAAGAUCGAUAGGAUAGCCUGAAUGUGGUUAACUGAGAGUACUUCUGCAGGAUUGUAACAUUAAAGCCACUAUUCACUAGGUUCCGGGUGUGCGUGUGUGUGUGUGUGUGUUGUGAGCAUGCCAAUUAACUCUUGGUUUAUUCAUGUUCCCGUGCGCGGGCAGUGGCUCAGAUGCUAGCCGAUAGCUAGCUAGCAAUUUAUAACAAAAUGCAUAUCUUUUUGUUAGCCAAGGGGAUGCCCUAGGAGCCAAAUAAAUGUAUACGUGAAACGAUAACGUUUAUGGGGCGAUUUGGGAGAUCGCGGGAGAAUUCUGACCCAUUUUAAUGACCCUUAAAUCCCGAUUUUUCGGCCCCUGGAGCCACAGCGCUCGAACAAGAGAGCAUCCCAGCACCGUUUGCGGAUAUGAGGAAGGGACCCGACGUUAUUCGGGGGAGAAGCUAACAUACAACUGACUGGCAUUUUAUCAGGAAUACUCUGUCGGCUUGACUGGACGCUCCGGAUACCACUUGAAAUCCAAGAAGUGAAGUGGAAGUAGGGGAUUUUCUUCCCUUUCUGCCUACAGCUCUUCUCCUCCCUGCGAUACUGUUCCUGUCAUUAAAUCCCUCGUCACCCUUGCCAGUUUUUCAGUGCCACUUGCUGAAAUGGAUUGGGCCACGCCAGCAGCCAAACUGAAUCCCUACACCCGAGCCCGCAUGACAGAGGCCUGGCAGCAACACUCAGUCGGUCCACCUCAAGUCGUCCACACUAUCCCUCCAGGAGCUGAGAACGCGUUGGGCUGUGCCGUGUAUGGCAUUGUACUGCAGCCAGAUGCUACGUCUUUGCAGCAACAACAGCAGCAACAGACUCAGCAUGGACAGCACAGCCAACACAACCAACAACACAGUGCGAGUCAGCAGCACGGAGGCGGGCAGCACAGUCAGCAGCAGCACCCUGCCCAGGCCCAGCAGACCUCCCUACAGGUAGGGACAGAGGGAGGACACAAGUGUGGGGCCUGUGGACACGAUAUCUCCCACCUGGCCAAUCCACAUGAGCACCAGUGCAUGGUGAGUCAGGACAGGUCAUUCCAGUGCACCCAGUGCAUGAAGAUUUUCCACCAGGCGACAGACUUGCUAGAACACCAGUGUGUUCAGGUGGAGCAGAAGCCGUUCGUGUGUGGAGUGUGUAAGAUGGGCUUCUCCCUACUCACCUCUUUAGCCCAGCACCACACAUCCCAUAACAGCACCAACCCAAUGAAGUGUUCAAUAUGUGAGAAGACCUACCGACCCGGUUCUUCUGGCAACGUCACACCCAACUCGAAUAAUCCCCAGCAGUCCGGCAGUGAUGGGGCGUCAGCCAGCAGCAGCUCAUCCAUUCUACCCUUUCCCUCGGCACGAGACCGGCCGUACAAAUGCUCUGUUUGCCAAAAGGGCUUCAAACACCUAUCAGAACUCACGCGGCACGAGAGGGUCCACACAGGAGAGAAGCCCUUCAAAUGUGACACAUGUGACAAGGCCUUCAGCCAGUCAUCACACCUACAGCACCACCAGCGAACACACAGCAGUGAACGCCCAUUCAAGUGUGCUGUUUGUGAAAAGAGUUUCAAGCACCGCUCCCACCUCGUGCGCCACAUGUAUGUGCACUCUGGUGAGCACUUGUUCAAAUGCAACUUAUGUGAGCUGCACUUCAAAGAGUCGUCGGAGCUCCUUCACCACCCCUGCCACCCGCAGGGUUCCCGCCCCUUCCGCUGUGCCACAUGCGGUAAGGGUUUCAAGCGGCCGUCAGACCUUCGCCAACAUGAGCGCACGCACUCGGAGGAGCGUCCCUUCCACUGUGACGAGUGUCAGAUGAGCUUCAAGCAGCAGUAUGCGCUGGUUCGGCAUCGACGCACACACAAAGACCCUACUGACCGGCCAUUCAAAUGCAAUCUGUGCGACAAGGGCUUCAUGCAGCCCUCUCACCUCCUCUACCACCAGCAUGUCCACGGCAUGGACAACCUGUUCAAGUGCGCCUCGUGCCAGAAGGAGUUCAGCCAGUCAGGAGAGCUGCUCAGACACAAGUGCGGCGAGUCAUCCAACACCUCGCCCGACAAGCCGUACAAGUGUGACGUUUGUGGCAAGGGCUACAAGAAGAGUUCCACGUUACAGCGUCAUCAAAACUCUCACUGCCAAGAAAAGCCCCUCAAGUGCUCGCUCUGUGACCGCCGCUUCCUCUCCUCCUCGGAAUUCGUCCAGCACCGCUGCGAUCCGUCGCGGGAAAAGCCGCUGAAGUGCCCUGACUGCGAGAAACGUUUCAAAUACUCAUCAGACCUGAACCGACACCGGCGCGUUCACACAGGGGAGAAACCAUACAAAUGCGACCACUGCAACAAGGGCUUCAAACAGCGAGAGCACCUGACCAAACACCAGAGCACGCACUCCAGAGAGGGCCAGUUCAAGUGUGUUUGGUGCGGUGAGCGCUUCAGUGACUUGGGCUCUUUGCAGGAUCACACGGUGCAGCACACAGCCGACGGAGGGGGUUACCCUGUGCCCCAGUGCAUAUAAAUGCUCACAGACCUUUUCCCUUGAACAGACAGUCCCCUAAAGUCCCGUCCUCUUGUCUGUCCCUUUCACCACAUUUGAAGGACAGUCCAGGUUAUUACAGUUAUUAUUGCAUUCAUUCCCACCAGUGAUGCAUCAGGUUUUUGUUGCUCUACUAACCUGCCCAAAGGCCUUUAAUACUGUGACCCUGUCAUUCCAUAAGAUAACGAGAAGGCCUUUUUCUCUCCCUGCGCUCUCCUUUUUGUUCCACCUCAUUUUCUUUUUAUACCCGUCCUCUUCCCUUUUUUCUCAGCCCCACACUCAGACAGUUGAUAGCAGUGAAGAGGCCACAACCCCACAACUAGAGCUGCAACGAUUAUUCGAUUAGUUGGUCGAAAGAAAAUUAAUCAACAACUAUUUUGAUAAUCCAUUAAUUGUUUCAGGUAGUUUUUUUUUUGAGCAAAAAUGUGCAAAAUUGGCUGGUUUCAUUUUCUGAAAUUGAGGAAUUGCUGCUAUUGUUUGUCAUUUAUGAUAAUAAAUUAAGAGUCUUUGGGUUUUGGACUGUUGGUUAGACCAAAGAAGCAAUUUGAAGACAUCAGUUUGGACUCUGUAAAAUUUAGAUUUUUCAUUUUUCACAAUUUCUUGACAUUUUAUAGACCUAAACAUUAAUCGCGAAAGUUGUCGGCAGAUUAGUCAAUAAUGAAAAUAAUCGUUAGUUGCAGCCCUAACCACAACUAUGAGUCAUACUUAGUCAGCCUGUUGCAGACAGAAACAGGUGCUAUAAUGCAGGUUGAUACAGCAAGUACUGAGAUCCCUCCUAAUGUCCUCCCCCCAGGAAAGGAAAAAAAUUGAAUUGCCCCUUCAUUGUCUUAUAAGAGACAGCCAUUGUUGUUUUGUUUUUUUAAAGUUCUUGGCAGGAAGUAUGUUGUAAGGUGUACGUAAUGAAUCAGUAGAGGCGAGUCUUAACCUAAACUGGCCGGGCCACAAACUGUCAUGACUGCUAGAGUAUCCACUAGAGGGGGAUCAUUCCCUUGUUUUAUUCUUUUUGCCUUUCCCUCUCUUUGUCCAGAGACAUCUCUUCCCUGCUCCUCAGUUUCUCCCUCUUUCUUCUUCCCAUCUCUGCUUUCUAUUGCUUCUUCCUCUUCCUGUCUCAGCCUGUCGCUGUAUAACAUCAGAAGGCUGGAAAGUUUCACUGACCGCUCAGACACACACACAUGCACUCACAUUCGUUUGUCUUUGGUCAGGUGAAGGAUGACUUGAAGUGCUUUUCAUUUUCAUGUCCCCACAGUAAUAGAGAAACAGUCUUUAUUAUUUUGGUCCAGACUGCUUCCACAUCCCUCUGGGUUGUGGGAUAGUAUUUUUACAUGUAUAAUUUAUGAAGUAGCCAGUAUGCUCCUCAUUGUAUGUGAAAGGGAAACAGUGUGGGGGGAAUUUGGGGGUUUAUUGUCCUAUAGUGAAAUAAUUCCACUGAUAAAAUGUCUGUGAGUGUAUGUGAGGUUCAUGGUUUUCAUGAAUACUCCUGUUUGUACCAAAACACCAGUAUGAAGCAGCACCGGAUCUCAAAGGUGUGUAGACUAACCAACCAGCAGAAGUCAAUACAAAAACCCCGAUGAUCGAUACCAAUCUCACCUGUCAGAAUAGACUUAUAUAUAGAAAUAUAUAUUUCACACUAAUAUACUUGUCAUAUUCCUGCAGAGGUCAGUGCUGUUAGACUUACAUGUGCUGAAAAUGUCCAAGUUUGAACAUUACACUUCCUGUCUCGGCCUGUACAUACUAAGGAUGUGUGAGUGUACUUGUCAGAAUUUGUCUUUCUUAAAAACAAUGUGUAAGGACUGUUUUUGUAUUCUUGCUACUUUUUACCAUGUGAAAUGUUUUGACAAAAGCUCUUUUGUUGUUUUUGUAGUCCAUGUAGUGAUUGUAUCAGUAUGUCGCAGGGAAUCUCAUGGAGCACCCUCCGUGUGUGUGUGUGUGUGUGUGUGUGUGCGUGUGAGUCUGGGUGUGUGAAUGUAAACAGUAUUCUGUCAAACAGGGAAAUUCCAACUGUAGACAAUUGUAUUAGAAAUGUUUCAACAGACCUGCGCCUUUUUUUUUUUUUUUUUUUUUAAACUUACUAACCUUACUGGUCUGUCAUCUGUUUUUUGCAGAACGAACCUGCACUUUGUGUUAGAUAUUUUCCAUGAUUUGAAAGAAAUAUUAGCACUGUUGUUCCCGUUCUAUGUUGCGUUAAGGUUGAUGUUGUGUCUGUCAGAGUGGGUUUAUACCAGAGUGAAUGACACCAUGCUCUUCUUUGAAUGCUAUGAGAUUCUGGUUGCGCUUAAGAAGCCUGGAACGCAAGUUGGCUAACAUGUCAUCUGUGAUCGCCAUUGUUUCUUUUUCUGUUUAUGUGGGGGGCCGUUACCUCUCUCCCCUCUCUUUGUUUUACUGUUGAGUCAUGGUUUGAGUGCAGUAUUAAAAAGUAUUGAGUACAAAUGGAGGAAGGCCAAGGAGACGGAAGUCACAUUUUUUUUAAAUUCUGGCUUUCAAUUCUUUUUGUUGUUUUAGCCUUCAAAUGAGGCCACGGUGCCUCUCUGCCUCUUCCUCCCCGUCUGCUUUCUGUCUGUGUCCUUCAUCAUCUUCAUCAUGCGAGUCAGAUGGUUAGUUCUAUCAGCCAUCAUAUUUUUAUUUUCUGAGUCUGGUAUUAUAAGACUUUGAGAAUUUUGAGAGAAAGAAGUACUGUAUGUUUUUUUUAUGGUUUCACAUUUGUUUUUUGUUUUUUUAUUAAUCUUUAAAUUGAUAUGAAUAUACAUAUAUAUAUUCCUUAAAGGAGAGACCAGGGCCUUGGGGUGACUUUGAUAAAGUUGGCUGUAUUUUAACAUCUGUAUUCAGCUUUCAAAAUGUAGAAUUGUUUUUAAGGACAAAUCACAGAUGAAACGAUGUCUACACAAAGAAUUCUGCAGGGUGGUGGUGUAAAAGUUGAAUAACUACAACACAAACACACCAGGAAUCAAUGAGGGUGGGUUCAUGUUUGCCAAGAAUUACAAGUGCUCAAGGACUUUUGACUUGUUAACUGGUGCUGACACAUCAUCAGAUGUGCAUAAUAAGAAAUAGUCACUCCAGGUGCAGGACAAGGACCUCACAUACUGUAUACUACUGACAGUAGAUUUAAUGUGUCCGUAAAAGUGUACAUUCAAAGCCUAAGAAAAAUCCCAGGCCAGCAGCACUAAUUUAGCGUUGGUGAGGGCAACUGUCUGGUGGUGCAUUUGUCCUGCGUGUUCUAGAGUAGCCUACUGUUCAAGUAGGAGAAACAUUAACAGAGCAAACUGAAAAUGCAGUGAUGAAUACUGCAAAGUGAAAGGGAGAGAAGCACUUGCCACAUCUGGAUCAAUUUUAAAAAUCCAUUUCCCCAAGCAUGUCCAACAAGCAUACGGGGAAAGGAGAGGAAAAUCUCCUGUAUAAGCACAAAUGAAGUAAAUCAACCCUUGUGAAUUUAAAAUGGUAGUUUCAAUGGAAACAGCCAGUUUAGACACCAGUUCAGCCACCUGCCAUCCCCUCUUAGCUUUUCAGUUCCAGUAAACAAACCUGUCAGACCCUGGUGUCUCUUGCGCUCUGCAUGCUUGCUGUGUUAGUUCCUGUGUUCUGUCCCUGGGAAUUGGUCCCCCCCCCCCUCCCUCGCAGCACUGUUCCCUCCUAUAGCUUUUCCAAAUUGUACUGUAGUUUAUGUGAAAGAUGUUUAAAAAAAAGAAAAGAAAAAAAACUUUGUGGCGACGUACAGUACGUGUACAUUAAUGCUAAGGUUAUCUGUAUGUAUGUAGCAUUCAAUUACACACAGCACUAACAAAUAAAAUUUUUUCAUUUAUAAA